AUGUCAAGUUUCUCCAGAUCAGCCCAGCAAUGGGCCACCUUCGCUCGUUCCUGGUUCCUUAUCGAUGCCAAGAUGCAGCCUCCCGGGAAGAUCGCAACCAUGUGUUCUGUUCGGUUACAGGGCAAACACAAGCCCAUCUACCAUGCAUUGAGUGACUGUGGUGACCAUGUAGUAGUAAUAAACACCAAACACAUAGCGUUCUCUGGAAACAAAUGGGAGCAGAAAGUCUACUCAUCACACACAGGGUAUCCAGGUGGAUUCAAACAAGUCACAGCUGCCCAGCUGCAUCUAAAAGACCCAAAAGCAAUUGUGAAGUUGGCAGUUUAUGGCAUGCUGCCUAAGAAUCUACACCGACGCACCAUGAUGCAGCGAUUACACAUCUUCCCUGAUGACGAGCUGCCAGACGACAUCCGAGCCAACCUGACGGAGGAGCUGCCUCAGCCGAGAGAAAUCCCCAGGAAACUCAGCGAGUACACGCAGGAGGAGAUAGACGCUUUCCCCAGGCUGUGGACGCCACCUGAAGACUACAAGAUGAAAUGACAUCGAGGCUGCUUGACGUGACCAAGGAUAAGGAUUUUUGUUUUUUGUUUUUUUAACAUCAACGCUGCACUGAAAGCAACAGACUCCUUGAUUAUAGCAUGAUAGCUGACAAAGUACUGAAAAAAUCUGGGGUCUUUUUAUAGGCUUUGCCCCGAAAUGUAAUCGCACACCACACCACACAAAACUGAUUUGCUCUGCUCAGACGAAACUUUACAAAAACAAAGUCAGACUGUGUGCGAAUCCAGGCAACAGCACUGGCAUCAAGGCUUGACUGGAGUCACAACCUAUCAUCAACACAAACCCUGUGCUACUCUGUACACAAUAUACCUCUGUCAGUUGUAUUACCCUCGACAGCAGACCUGAAUUAUCCAACAACAGCUUCAGAUUUUAUCAUGUGGGUCAGCAGUGAUCAGAGAAAAUCUGAUUCUAUGGAUUUUCCUCUGAUUAUGCGACCAUGAAAUGAUCAGAUCUGGCCCAUGUAAAAAAAAAAAAA